UUAACGAUAAAAAUUCAUGUCUCAUUUAUACAUACAUAUUGUGACGUAGAAAUCAUCAUGACAGCUCGUUGUGUGUAUAAAUACGAUCGACGAGAACCGAUCAAACUUCAGUAAAACGACACAUGUUGACCCUGUCUUGUGCUCUCCAAUUCUGGUGAACACUAUCUCGUAUAUUCGAUUCAGUUGCGAUUUCCUUCGAAUAAAAAUGGAGAACGAGAAUAAUAAAAGAAGACAAUCUUCCGCAUUCGAGAAAGCGAAAGAAAUAGAGGCAAUAUACGGUCUCGUUUCUGGUAAGAACGUGCUCAUAACUGGUGGAGCUGCGGGUUUAGGAAAUGCAUUUAUGAAUCAUUUUUUGAAACACGGUGCGAAUAAAAUAACUAUAUUAGAUAUUGACAAGGAAAUCGGUAAGCGAAUAGAAUUGAGUGUAGAGAAAUCCUGCGAAGAAAAAAAAGUGCAUUUCAUUCAUGUUGAUGUUUCCAAUCACGAACUUAUGACUGCGGCUUUUGAGGAAGCUUUGAAUUUUAUGGAUGAUAUUGACAUUGUCAUAAAUAAUGCUGGUAUUUUGGACGAACGAAGAUGGGAAAAAGAAAUAGCAGUUAAUAUUGGAGGAAUGAUUCGUACCGCAUUAUUGGCUAUAAAAUAUUUAAGCAAAAAUCAACUUGGACAUGGAGGAACUUUAGUGAAUGUUAGUCAACACAUAGAUAUUAAAAGUACUGCUCAACUUCCAAUUUACACAGCCACCAAACAUGCCAUGAUUGGACUCUCACAAUCUCUCGCGGAAUCUUACCAAAUUGAAAAGACUGGUAUUCGUGUAAUAACGUUAUGUCCAGGCUUGACAGAAACUGCACUUACAGUGGAUAGCCCAAAUAAAUUACUUUCUCGUGUUAUGAAGGCAGACUUCGUAAAAACUCUCGAACAACUAUCAAUACAAACUCCAUAUGUGGUAGCUCAAGGUCUAAUGUCGAUCUUGAGAAUCGCGGAAUCUGGUAGUAUAUGGGUGAUUGAAAAUGGUCGGACUCCAUACGAAGUUUAUGUACCAAAUCCACGUAGUUUACGACGUACAUAUAAAAAUAAUUUUACAGUGAUUGAAACCAAAGUAGGGACAAGAGAUAGUUCUAUAAGAGAAGUUUGCGAUAAUACACUGACAGGUCUGAUGAGUUGCGCUUGACAUAACGCUGGAACAUAAAUGGCCAUGAUGAUCUGCGUUCUCCAAGAAAUUCUAAAGGUUGAAGUCGCAAUGACUUUCUAUCCUUUCGUUUGAAUAAUUCCCUAGUACGAUAAAGCUUAGGAAUUACAAAUAGAAAAUUGAAGUGAUGAAUGAUCAAAUCGAAUUUUCUUCGAUCACUUGAAAGUAAUUGAGGAAAAGAGGUUCAAGCUACUUGGUAUUUGUCAUUGAUACAAUGUUAAGUAUUUAUACAGAUAAUGCACGCGUAUACACAUGAUGUUUUAUAUAUAAAUCAAUCGCCAUCAUAUUUAAGAAGUUUCUUAAUUAAUUAAAUUGUUAAUGAAUAAUGGUAUGACUUGUUUCCUUA